UUUUAUAUGCCCUUACCGAUUAUCUCGAUAAUGUUAUGAAAAAGAAAAAAGAAUAGGAACGAUACGAAUAUCGAAAAUCAACCCCUGGCUCGGCGUUAGCUUCCAUUACAGCCUCGGUCUUAUCUUCUUCUAACCUUCUCAACCAUACGGUUUAGACAUGAGCGAUCUCGAUAAAGCAAUCGCUCAGCUCCGAGCAUGUCGCCCGAUACCCGAGGCCCAAGUUAGGGAACUUUGUCAUAAAGCCCGAGAACUCUUGAUCGAAGAAGGGAACGUUGUGACAGUCACGGCUCCCGUAACGAUAUGCGGCGAUAUUCACGGACAGUUCCACGAUCUGAUGGAACUUUUCAGGGUCGGUGGCGAUCCACCAGAUACAAAUUAUCUCUUCAUGGGCGACUUUGUCGACCGUGGCUUCUACUCAUUAGAAUCAUUUCUCUUACUUCUCUGCCUAAAAGUCCGAUAUCCUGAUCGCAUGACCCUUAUUAGAGGCAACCACGAAUCCCGUCAGAUAACGACGGUGUAUGGAUUUUACGACGAGUGCCUCAGAAAGUAUGGUAGCGCUAAUGUAUGGAGAUAUUGCUGCGACGUUUUCGACUACCUAGCUCUAGGAGCUAUAGUACUCAAUGCGUCGAAUACCCUCUCACCCCCCAAUGAGAUGACACCUAGCGAGGAAUAUACCGAACAGGAUAUCGAGAUUGAGGUCUGUAACGCAGACGGAGAUGUCAUGAGCCGAUUCAUGAGGCGGGACGGUGACGAAUCCAUAGACCGCGAACGGAAAAGCCCUAACGGAACCCAGCCCAAGACCGGUCCUCCCGGUUCAGGCGCAUCAGGUUCCAGUGGAGGCACCAUCGGAAAUCCCACUGGCGCGGUUUUGUGCGUGCAUGGUGGUUUGUCCCCGUUGAUCGAUACGGUUGAUAAGAUUCGCCUAUUAGAUCGUAAACAGGAAGUGCCUCACGAAGGUGCCAUGUGUGACCUUCUAUGGUCCGACCCGGACGAGAUUGAUGGCUGGGGUCUGUCACCACGCGGUGCAGGCUUUCUAUUCGGCGCGGAUAUUGUCAAGGUCUUCAACCAUAAGAACGACCUUUCGCUCAUCGCGCGUGCCCACCAGUUAGUCAUGGAAGGGUUUAAAGAAAUGUUUGACGCGAGUAUCGUUACAGUUUGGUCAGCGCCGAACUACUGUUACCGGUGCGGUAAUGUGGCCGCUGUCCUAGAGCUGUCUGAAGACCCGACCGGAGAGACCUUCUUCGCGCGCAGCAAUGGCGACGUGGGCCGGAGCUCCGGCGGAGUAGAAGGUGUUAUGAUGGAGGGCGAGAAGAGGCUUAAGAAUGGCCCGGCAAGGAGAUAUCGCGUAUUCCAGGCCGCGCCACAGGACUCUAGAGGUAUGCCUGCCAAGAAGCCGGUAGCAGAUUACUUCCUAUAGGGCCUCCUAGCACAAGGGGCUAGAUUGUAUAAUACGAAACGAAACGGUUGGCAACGAAAGUAGCAUUCUGCUUAGCACGGACAUCAAGAGUGUUUUUUUUAUCCCCCUCGGUAUGAUACCUAGCGGAGUUUUGGCGACAGAUGAGAGAGAAAGAAACAGAUUAUCAGAUUAAUGAAUAGGGUGUGUGUGUAUGUGUGCAUUCAGGUCUCUAUUAGAAUAGAUAGAGAGAAGAUAUCCAGAUAGGUACCUACCUAGGUAGGUAAUCAUACUAGGAUAUGUUCCUAUGCAGCCACCCGGCAACAUUCAUCAUCACAGUGAACGGGAGAAGGCAAGGGAACGAAUACUC